AAUGAAGUGCUGGAUAUGAUAGACCGUACAGAUGAACCAGAAGCCACAACAGAAAAACAGACGACAAAUGAGCCAGUACCAGUUGAACAGAGGACGGACACGCAAACUCACGAACAAACAGCCGAAUUGACAAAUAAACAAGGACAAAAUACUACUACUAGGAAGGUACAGCUGGACAGAACGGACCUGAUGCACUCCUAUACCUACACUGUUGACACCUUUGACCGGACUACUGGAAAUUCAACAAGAAGGACGGUGACUGAAGUACACGCCAGACACCACAAUGACUGUGAUAUGAAACCGUACUGUGGGUCCAGUAUCGGGGCCUUCCUGGAAGCGACGUAUGUGUCCAAAGCGUAAGAUCCCGACUGUGGUAGCUUGAGGGCUUGGUCCAACAGUGGCUGGAGGUGAUACCCUGUGACGUAGACGUUGAUGGCUCAGGUCCAACAUGGCUCCAGAGGUAUCCUACAAUGAUGAUAUGCUGAUACUAUAUAUUAUGCAAUAUUGCAUAUAAUACAACAAUAGACUAUAGUGAUUAAAU